AGUCCCCAAGGAUGGAGCAGCUAGCCCAGUUCGUCUCGAAAAGCUUCGACAACGCGAACGGGAAUCGUGAUAACAAGACUCGAAGUUGCGGUGCCGCGGCGGCCGCAAUUACCUUGAGUGUGGCUCAUUUACUUGGUUCCAGCGACAGUGCUACCAAUAAUAAUUGCCAUGGAAGCGCACAGUACCGAGAACCCGUGCCGGAAGUGUGUAGCGCCGAGACAACCGGCGAGGAUGAGCCGCCGUCUCCGGAAGCUCGUCUGCAGCCGGAAGAUCUUUCAGUCACCACAAAGAUCAAGGAAAGCACGGAAACCAUCGUGCCGUUAAAAGCACCGGAAUUGAAACUCUCCGUAAGAAAGUUAUUGGGAUGCAGUCCGUCGCCGCCGCCGAUCACCAGAGAACGUUCACCGAGUCCGGAAGCUUGUGCAGAUCUAAGAUCGUCAUUGUCAAGCGACGUGAAACCAAACGAGGAUUUGAAAGUGACGCAGCAAGUGUCAAGAUCAUUGAUAUCGGUACAAGAAGAGUCCAACAAAGGUUCGUCUUGUCGUGGUGCUGGCAAUGGAAAUGGUAAACAAAGAAGAUCCAGGACCAACUUCACCCUGGAACAGUUGGCAGAAUUGGAAAGACUCUUCGACGAGACUCACUACCCGGAUGCCUUCAUGAGGGAAGAAUUGAGUCAACGUCUGGGUCUGAGCGAAGCCCGCGUACAAGUAUGGUUCCAGAACAGACGAGCCAAGUGUCGCAAGCACGAGAGUCAACUUCAUAAAGGUGUGGCAGGUGGUAUGGUGUUAGCCCCACGAAGUCCACCCACAGCACUGGAGCCGUGCAGAGUCGCGCCGUAUCUGCCAGCCCUGAGGUUGCAUCCCCCGAUGCAGGGAGGUACCAACGUAAACGUGACAGCAGCAGCAGCCGCGGCCGCGGCUGCAGGUUCGGCAUUUGACCCUGCAGUUCUUCAUUAUGCAGCUGCGGGUGGUCUCUUCUGCCUUGCGCCACCUACGCAUCCUCAUCCUCAUCCUCAUCCGCAUCCGCAUCCGCUCAGCCUAGCAGCGUCUCUCACUGCAGCCGCAGCCCGUUCAAAAAAUAGUAGCAUUGCAGACCUCAGACUGAAGGCCAGACGACAUCAGGAGGCUCUCGGAUUGGAUAGACCCGCGUAAAGAGAAAU